UAAUUUAUUUUAUUUUAAGAUAUUCUUACCGACUUUUGUAACUAUGCGGAAAGUUAAAUGAAUGGCAGAAAUACCAAUCGUAGUCAAGUUUCUCGCAGCUCGCAGGAUAUUUUCGCGUGAUUUUCUAACCUAAAAAUCAUACGCUUUGUUCGAUUUUGUCAAUGGCCACGACAUAGAUAAAGUACUUAUUGUAUAGUAUACUACAGUUACAAUUCGACAGCUGUCAGUCGAACGUUGGCGUACAAAGAUAAGCGUGUUUAUAAAGAAGGGUCUGAUACACACGGGAAAGGAAGGAUACUUUGCGUGGACACCUGGCGUAUAUACAUUUUGAGCUCUCUUGGCUAACUCGGCUUCGGGUACGGCACGCUCGCGGGCGGCCGAUGCGGAUGAUAGGUAUGAUUUGAGCGACGACGUAAGAUGAUACUGAGGAACUUGCCAUUCGCGCAAUGGGUUCUGAUCCUAAUUCUCGUCAUCGUAAUAGUCUAUCUGCGACAGCGAUUAAACAACUUGGAGGAGAGCUACAGAUCACUCCAUGAUGUUGUCGCACGAAUCGAUGCUAGGUAUGACAAUGGACACGCCGAGGCGCGAAGAGGCAUUGAGGAUGAUCUAGAGGAUGUUAUCGUGAUAUACAAUAGAGUACCAAAAACAGCGUCCACAAGUUUCAUGGGAUUAGUUUAUGACCUGUGCAAGCAGAAUAAGUAUCAUGUGCUCCACAUUAAUGUGACCAAUAACAUGCACACUCUUACUUUUGCUAACCAAAUUCAAUUUGCAAACAAUAUAUCAAACUGGAAUAGUAUAAAACCAGCAUUUUACCAUGGACACAUGGCGUUUUUAAAUUUUGGAAAAUUUGGUACUAAACGUAUGCCUUUGUACAUAAAUUUAUUGAGGAAACCUUUAGACAGAUUUAUAUCAUAUUAUUACUUUUUAAGAUACGGAGAUAAUUUUAGACCUCAUGUUAUAAGGAAGAAACAUGGAGAUACAAAGACAUUUGACGAAUGUAUAAAUAGUGGUCAACCUGACUGUGAUCCUAAUAACAUGUGGCUACAGAUUCCAUUUUUAUGUGGCCACGAUCCAGCUUGUUGGGAAAUUGGUAAUAGCUGGGCAUUAGAGGAAGCUAAACGAAAUCUACAAAGGUAUUACUUUCUGGUUGGAGUAACGGAGGAGUUAAACGAAUUUGUAGAAGUAUUGGAGAAUGUAUUACCACGAUUUUUUAGAGGAGCGUACAACUUCUUCUUACAUAAUAAUAAGUCACACUUACGACAAACUACACAAAAACUCAAUCCACUACCUGAAACAGUAGACAUAAUCCAGCAAUCGGUUAUAUGGAAGAUGGAAAAUGAAUUCUAUAAUUUCGCUUUGGAACAUUUUCAUGCUGUGAAAAGACGACUCAUAAAUGCUUCCCCUCAAGACGUAAAUCAGCGUUUUAUGUAUGAAAAAAUACGGCCAAAGUAAACUACUGUAAGAAAUUA